GCCCGUUUCCAGGCUUGCAUAAUAAAAUUCUCAUUUUGUGUGAAAAAAGGAAGGUCUCAAAAAGAAAAAGAAAAAAAGGUCUCAUCAUUGAUGCAUCAACCGUUGGAUCGACCAUUCGAUCGAUCGCUCGAUAGACCCGAUAAUUUCGUUAAUCGGACCGGUGAUCGACCAGAUACAUUCGUUCAUUGGACCUGUUUGAUCGGCUAGAUACAUUCGCUCUUUGGAUCGGUCGAUCGUUUUAUCGGAUCGAUCGAUCGAUCUAUUCAUCUCACAGUACCUGCAUGUAAUAGAGAUAGAUAGAUGGAUAGAUAAAUAGAUAGAUAGAAAGAGAGAGAGAGAGAGAGAGAGAGAGAGAGAGAGAGAGAGAGAGAGAGAGAGGAAUGGCAGAAUUCUUUUGCCAUGAAGCACAUUGCGAAUGCAAUGCCAUCUUAAAGCCUGCAUUGUUUAAUCGAUCACUCAGUUAAUUAUCUAUCAAUCAAUCAAUCAAUCAAUCAAUCAAUCAAUCAAACCGUCAGGUCAUCGAUCUACCCACAGUAGACGACAAGCUGGUCUUGAUUUUUUCCCUGGUGUUUCAGCUGGCAUCUGGAAUCAUGAAUGCCCUCCGCUCUGCUUGCGCGCCUGCAGCUGGAGUCAGGUUCGCUCCAGCCAUAGCCGUGCGCCGGGUGCUCGCUUCCGGGUCCCCCUACUGCUGCCACUGUUCGACGCCGCCAAAGGGCUCUUCCUCUCAUCCACUAAGAAGGGCGACUCCUUAUGUACAAUUCACGGGGCUGCGAAGGUAUGCCGAAGUGGUUUAUAAAAGGAAAGCAGGCAAUGAUUCACGGAGCCGAGGUGUAUCGGUUGAUUACCACCCGCGCGCUUCCGCUGUCGAUGAUGGAGUUGCGGCUGGCGUCUUCUUGGGAGAGCGCAAGGGUGGGCGUAAAUUCCAUGGCGUCUGCAGGGGGUUGAAAGGGGAUCAUGAGCGACGAGGGCAAGAUUUGUCAGCCAGGGAGGCCAACCACUCCCACUCCACGCUAUGGGCUUUCUCAGAGGAUUCUGGAAACGAAGAGGUUACGGACGCUCCGUUCAUGGAUGCUGUUGUCAAGGUGUACUGCACAUACACUGAGCCAAAUUUCUCUCUUCCCUGGCAGAAGAAAAGGCAGUACUCCAGCACUGGCAGUGGUUUUAUGUGUGCAGGAAGGAGAGUCCUGACAAAUGCACAUUGUGUGCAACACCAUACACAGGUGAAGCUGAAGCGGAGGGGAGAUGAUACCAAAUUUGUCGCUCAAGUUCUUGCAAUAGGACAUGAGUGUGAUAUUGCAUUGUUGUCUGUCGAAGAUGAGGGUUUCUGGAAAGGGGUAGAGCCAUUGAAGUUUGGGAGCCUUCCAAGGCUUCAGGACGCAGUAGUGGUCGUUGGAUAUCCAAUCGGCGGCGACACUAUCUCCGUGACAAGUGGCGUUGUCUCCCGAAUUGAGGUAACAAGCUACACACAUGGAUCAUCAGAGCUUCUCGGUGUGCAAAUAGAUGCCGCGAUAAAUCCAGGAUUUCCUAUUCUUGGGGUACAAUGGCAACGGCUGGAGAACCCCGCACUGCGGAACUCGCUUGGUAUGAGCGCAAACAUGAAGGGUGUGAUGGUUCGUAGGAUCGAGCCCACGUCCUAUGCGUUCAACAUACUACAAGUGAAUGAUGUAAUCAUGAGCUUUGACGGGACGCCAGUGGCCAAUGAUGGGACGGUUCCUUUUCGAACUGGCGAGAGGAUAUCAUUUGGGUUUCUUGUGAGUCAGAAAUUUUCAGGAGAAUCAGCGGAGCUCUGUGUUCUGAGGGAUGGGAAGCAGAGCACAGUGACAGUUCCACUUCGAGUACCCACCCAUGGGCUUGGUCGAGUCGCCUGGCUCAGUCAGAAUUCUCUUUUCCCGCUGUUGCGAAUGCAGAAUAAAUGAUUUGAGAAAAAAUUGAGACCUCUCAAGAGUCUUAACCUUUGUGAUUUUGGGCAUCUCCGCCAUGUGGAAUUCAGCACGAGCUCAUCUUGGCUUCAGUAUC